ACUUCAUUUAAAAAUAACAAAAUAUUUUGAAGUUCCUUUUAAUAUACUACAAAAAUAAAAAUAACAAAAUUUUCUCACAAAAUAACAACUUUUCUGUAAAAAUUCUAAAACAAACCCAGUUUUCUACCACUCAAAGUCUGCAUCUUGGCCUAUUCUCAAAAUGGAAUUGAACAUGAACACAAAACGCCCCAGAGAUCUUAGUUUAGAUGAUGACGACAAUUUCAGUAACAUAUCACGAAUUUCAUAUGGUGUUCACAAUUCUUUGAAUUCAGCCUGUAAUUCUGAUUCCGAAUGUAGUGGCCCCAUUUCGGUGCGCGAUAUGAUUCAACAUUAUAAUAAUCAGCUAAAAAAGGAGGAAUCAAAUCAAAUUAAUCAUACAAUCAAGUACAAAAUAAAUACAGCCAAAAGACCUCAUCAUCAUCAGUCGCAACAUUUAUUGGCAGCCACAAAAUCAUCAUAUUGUGGUUUAAAUAAUUAUGGCUCUCAGAUGAAUGCUAAUAAACGUUGUGCUGACCAAAUGGAACAUAAAUCAUCAAUGGAUUUCAAUGAUUACAAUCCCACAGCCCUCACUUGCUGUAAGAAUUGCACAGCGUGUACGUGUUGCCAAAAUAGAAGCCUUACACAUUCAGCAACCACCAAAAUGUUGUCGUCACCAUCGUCUUUGUUAUUGCAGCAAAACAAUGAGAACAACAAAAUACCAAGCAGCAGUCACCACAGCACAGAUAACAAUGAUGAGGCUGGUGGUGUUUGUAUUAGAAGCUCUAGCUUAAAUAGUAGUAAUAAAAUCAAUGCUAAAGAUACUCGUAUUCUUGCGGUUGAGAAUGGUACCACCAACAGCAUCGAUGCCACCUCUAUUAAACCAACGAUAUUGAAUGAUUUUUGUGCAGCAGAACUAAAUAAAGACUCCACCAGCAAUGGUCUCUUUAAGAAACACAGUUCUCUAGUUGUGGUUGAGAAGCAAAAGAAUCGUUUACUGUCAACCGAUAGUGUUGAGGAGGCCAAAAUUUGUCAACAGCCAGCAAUUGAAACAUCCUAUCAAAGUAAGACCACAAUUGCAAAGACAUCAAGUGGUGUGCGCAUUAUCAUUGAUAUAUUCUUUGAUCAAGAACGAUGUGCUAAUGCCACCGAUAUUGUGGGUAGUAGGGUGGAAACUGAUAUACCACAGAGUCGUAUUUUAACUGAAUUUCAACAACAAACUAUGGCUGUCAAUACUGCUGAUACUGUUACAGCUACUGCAUCUACAUCUUACCAGGGAUUGUAGAAGAAAAAGAACCCUUAGAAAUGCUGCUGCUGCUGACCCAAAUGGAUUUGUUUUAUUAUUUUGUCUGUGCAUAUUUAAUGCAUUGCUCUUUUUAAAUUUGAAUUGAUAUAUUUUUUGGGUGCUUUUCUGUUAAGAUUAUACAUUUUUAACUAUUUCAUAUUUUAUAGUUAUUUUAUUGUUGGAAUAUAUUUUUUGGUUUUAAUAAAAUUUUACACGCAUAUCUUUA